AUGGAUUCAGGAACUGAGUGGCUUUGUGAAAUUUUAAAAAAUGUCCAACUUGAACAAUUUUAUUUGCCAAUAAGAGAUCAAUUGCAGAUAACAAGAUUAGCCCAUUUUGACUAUGUGCAUGCAGAUGAUCUUGAAAAAAUUGGUAUCAGCAAGCCUGGAGUGCGUAGACUAUUCGAUGCUGUAAGGAAGAAGAAACUUCAACUUUGGAAUCGAAAGUUUUGGAACAAACUUUUUGGUUCAUCAAGUUCAGUUACUCGUGAAAAAACAGAUUUGCCCGUAAGACAGCUGGUCCAGACUGAAACAAGAUCUACUACAUGUAUUAUAUUAGAAAAAGAUAUUGUAUUAUAUAAUGAAUUAGGUAAUGGAUCGUUUGGUGUAGUGAAACGAGGAGAAUGGAGAGUAUCUGACGUAACAAACCAGUUGGUGCCUGUAGCAGUAAAGGUACUUAAAGCUGAUGCCUUUUCACAACCUGGAAUCUAUGAUGACUUUAGAAGAGAAGUAGAAGCAAUGCAUAGCUUAAAACAUCCUAAUUUAAUAAAAUUACAUGGAGUGGUUUUCCAUCCAUUAAUGAUGGUGUGUGAAUUGGCAAAUAUGGGUGCUUUAUUAGAUUAUAUUAGAGCACAAAAUUGCAAAGUCUCAUUAAAUUACAUAUCCAAAUGGUCUGGGCAAGUUGCAGCUGGAAUGGCAUAUUUGGAAAAAUGCAGAUUUUUACACAGGGAUUUGGCUUGCAGAAAUAUUCUUUUAUCUAGCUUAGACCUGGUAAAAAUUGGUGACUUUGGACUUAUGAGAGCAUUACCAGAUGCAGACGAUUGUUAUGUGAUGAGUGAAAGGCGAAGAGUUCCAUUCCCUUGGUGUGCUCCGGAAUCAUUACGUUCACGACAGUUCUCCCAUGCCUCUGAUGUAUGGAUGUUUGCCGUUGCUCUUUGGGAGAUGUAUUCCUUUGGUGAAGAGCCAUGGAUGGGUUUAAAUGGUUCGGAGAUCCUCCGUCUGAUAAUGAGGGAAGGUCAACGGUUGUCAGCGCCAGCGGCUUGCCCACCUGACGUGUACAUGCUGAUGAUGCAGUGCUGGGAUCUCAAUCCUAAAGAAAGGCCCACCUUUGCUGGUAUUCAGCGGUAUAUGGAGACUAACAAAUUUGAAACUGCUAUUGCCGCAUUGAGCUACCAUAAACAGGGUCAGAUGACAGUAGAGGCAGGUGAUGCGAUUAUUUUGAUUGACAAGAGACCAGAACUGCAUUGGUGGAAAGGUCAGAAUCAGCGAACACUUGAAGUCGGACUUUUUCCUAGUACACUAGUAAACAUCGGAAAAAGCAAAAAUGUACAGUCAACGAAAAAAGCCCAAACAAGCUCUCCAAUGAAAAAAGCCCAAUCACUAACAUCAUCGUCCCCAACGAACGGUAUAUCUGACGACUCGGCGGUGGUACUCCGUAAACGACGAACGAUAGAGUCGACGCAGCCGUCUAGUACUCGUGCUGGCAACUCGGGCAGCAAACACUUUAACUAUAACAAGCUGGUCAAUGACAGGGCCGCAACACUUGAAGCUCAACGCAUCGCCAGGGAGGCCAGGGAUAACCAUUCCAAGAGUUUGAAUCAAGUAAGGGAAGACUUAUUAAUAGACUUGGACUUGCCGCCAACAAGACUGAAUUCUCCUACCAAAAAACCUAUCAGCGAUAGGGCCGUGUCUAUACUUGAUGAACCAAUCGAUGUGCCCGAAAUUGUUCAAGAGUCGGAUUGGGGACAGCCGAGUAUAGAGAGUUUACCGUCGUACAGCUCGGGUGCGCAAACUCAUCCUAAUUUAUAUGGUGCUAAAUCAUUAGACAAUCUUAAUGUCCCUUCAUCUACACGUAAUGACCUGACGUUUGGGAUCCAGUCAGACCCGUUCGAGACGUCUCAAGUCUGGAAUUCUUAUCAAGAUAUUCCCAGAAGCAGACCUAACUACGAUAUUCAGUUGAACGAUUCCGCAAACCUCAGCAACAAUGAAUCUCAUAAUAUGUAUUCGAAUAGCAGUUUCUCUCAUGCAGAAACUGCACCUGUUACGAAUAAUUUAUGUACAACAACUAGAAGUAUUUACUCGAAUCAAAGUAAUGCUCCUUACGGUACACUUUUAAACAAUACUCAGACAAACACUUACACCACUGAAAGAAAUUAUUCAACAAACGCUGCGAACAAAGAUGUGACAGCGUCCUUGGGACAAAUGUCGCUGGACGACAGAAUUUCCGAAUCAUUGAAUCUGAGAUCGAAGGAUACAAACAGAGAAAAUAUUUACGCCAACACGUAUAACGAAACACAUUCAACUUCGUCGAAAUAUUCGUCCAAUGACACGAGUAGCGUUAAUAGGUACAAGGAAUUUCCAAUUUAUAAUAACCAUGAGGCUAAUCUCGCGCAACAACAGUUCAUUCUAGAAACAAAAGAUUACUAUAAAAAAUUGUCAACGCCGACGGAAGUAACGGUGGGGGAUCAUUACGAGAAAAAUAUCUACGUGCCUAAAUAUGAAGAAGAGGGCGAAAAGCUAAGGAACUUCAGCGAUUCUUUAGAGAAUUCCAAGAACUAUUCCGCGUUGAAAUAUCAAAAUGUCGAUUUUGAUUUGUACGCGUAUUCUGAUGGUUAUGGGUUCAGUGCGUCAACUUCACGUGCAGGUGGCGCUUACGACGAGGUGGCUGAAACUGCGAGUAAUAUUUACAGUGAGAUUGGUGAGAGCGCUCGAGACAUAUAUUCGGGUAGAGCGAAUUAUACAAACACGUGUUUGUACGACGAAGUGUAUGAUGAGGCCACUCCUAGACCGCAUAGACCGGCGCCUCCUUGCCCUUCUAAACCCAAAUAG